ACUUCAAGUAGGUAUGAAGAAUUGAAUUUUCUAACCCUACUUAUUCAUGAUGUCGAAUUUAAGAAAAAUAACAAUUUCAAAUAGUGAAAAGAAGUUUUUGAUAAAAAAUCUCGCAGAAUGGACUAGGUUAGAUGGUAGGGCUUUUGACGAGUUUAGAGAAGUGGAGAUAGAAUUCGGAAAGGAUUGGGGCUGUUGCUAUGUAUCUCUUGGUAAAACAAGAGUUCUAGCCCAAGUUUCAUCUGAAAUUCAACAACCAAAGUCUUCAAGACCAAGUGAAGGCAUUCUGAACAUAAACCUGGAGCUCAACCCAAUAGCAGCACCAAAUUUCGAAGCAGGCCGACAGUCAGAAUUAGCUGUACAACUAAACAGACUAUUGGAAAAAUGUCUGAAAGAUUCCAAAGCCAUAGACCUGGAGUCUCUCUGUAUAAAAAUGAAUGAAAGAGUCUGGGCAAUCAGAGUAGAUGUGAAUGUUCUAAAUCAUGAAGGUAACAUUCUGGAUUGUGCUUCUAUUGCAGCUUUAGCAGCAUUGGCACAUUUUCGUAGGCCAGAUGUAACUAGUGAUGGUGAAGAAUUUAUUAUUCAUAGUUAUAAGCAGAGAGAUCCCAUUGGUAUGGUUAUACACCAUUACCCAGUUUGCAUUACUUAUUCUGUAUUCAGUGGAGGGGCCUAUAUUCUGGCUGACCCCACUUUACUAGAAGAAGGUGUAGCAGAUGCCUUUUUGUCCAUAGGUGUGAAUGCCUACAAAGAGCUGUGUGGUCUUCAUCUAGGAGGGAAAGCUGAUUUGAGUCCUGAUUUGAUUAUAAAAACUGGGAAUAAGGCUGCUACUAGAGCAGCCAUAGUUGUUCAGCAAAUAAAAGAUGCAAUCGAGAAGGACAAUCAAAAAAGAUCAAAUAAGGAUGAACAAGGUUUCCAUAAAACUAUUCUAGAGGAUAUUGAAAUACCCUUGGAAGAUUUGAGUAUAUGCUUAGAUCAGUGGUCAAGUAAAGGCAAAAAGAAUAAAAAGAAGAAAAAUAAGACUGAAAAAAAUAAACCCCAAGAAAAAAUUGUAACUUCUGAGGACAAUGAACCAAGAAGUGAAGUUGAAUCUCUGGGUAAAGGAAUUGCUGCUUUAAUCCCUAAAGAUGAAGGCAUUGCACAAUGGGAAGUGAGUGGCAGUGAAAGUGAAAAUGAUGAUGUUGUUUAUGUAGAAACACCCAAGCCACUUGUGAAUUUGGUUUUUGAGGAUACUGACAGUGAAGAAGAUGCAGUGAUAGUUUUGAAUGCAGACCAGAAGACCAAUAAGAAAAAGAAAAUGAAGAAAUGAUGAAACACCUAAUUUUUUUAUUUUUAAUUAUAAAAUGAUAAUUCUGAUUUCAUACAAAAAAUAUUCAAAAAUGAUAAAAUAGUUAUAAUACAUAAACAAAACCC